UCCUCCUCCUCUCCUUGCUUUGGGAUCGAUCCCGUCGUCUCACCAGAAAGGGGUACCCUGCCGGAGAGAGAGAAAGAAAGGAAAGAAAAGGAGGGGUGGCAGGCGCGCGUCCUGAAGCCCACCCUCUCCAGCUCCCAUCCCGGGAUCUCUGCUGCCUCCAUCGGGACAACAAAUCUCUCCUCCGCCUCCUUGUUCCUGCACAACAAGAUGUGAAGCGGAGACUCCUGGGACUUAGCUUCAUCCUCCUCCUCCUCCUCCUCACGGCUCCCUUUUCUGCAGCCAUUAGUGAUUAGCAGGGACGGCGCAGGGGGAGUUGGGGGGACCCUCGGUACGUUCCGUCUGCGAUCCCCUUCCCCAGCCCCCUUGUUCACCAGCGUAGGCAUUUUCCUCCGUUGCAGGCUGGUUUUGGAAGGAGUAGGAAAGAACUGCAAGCAAAGAAAAACGAUUCUUUCUCUCUUCGCCUCUCCUCCUUCGCCCGCCUCCUUGUGGCGAUGAGGAGGAGGAGGACGACGCCGAGGAGGAAGAGGUUGAUGGCGGCGAAGAGGCAGCAGCAGGAGGAAAAGACGACGACCCCCCGGAGGAUGAAGAUGGUGGUAUUGGCGGCGGUGGCGAGGAAGCACCAACUGGUCUACGGCCGGAUUUAAUUCGAUUUGUACAUUUACCGAGCCCUUUUAAUUGAUUUUAGGAAGGGUUUGUUCUGUUCUUUUCAUCCUUGUUUUUCCCUGUGGCCCGGAGAAAAGACUGCUUCCACACCCUGUUUCCCAUCUCUGUUCCCCCUUACUCACUGCUAUCCAACAGAAAUCGAUCUCGAGGAGCGGAAAAAGAGGAACUUUGUCUAUUUCUUCAGUCCAUUUCCAUACUGCUCUUCGGUUGAUUUUGGAUCACAGAAAACGGCUGAAGGCAUUGGGGAUCCCCAUCUUCAAUUUGGGCUCUGUUUGUCUAAAAAGAAUUAAAAAUGGCCGAGAAUGUGGUGGAGUCGGGCCCGCCUUCAGCCAAGAGGCCUAAACUCUCUUCACCGGCGCUCUCUGUCUCUGCAAGCGAUGGCACAGAUUUUGGAUCUCUUUUUGAUUUGGAACAUGACCUACCAGAUGAACUUAUCAGCUCUACGGAACUGGGACUUACUAAUGGUGGUGACAUUAAUCAACUGCAGACUAGCCUUGGUAUGGCACAAGAUGCUGCUUCUAAACACAAACAGUUGUCAGAAUUGCUACGAGCUGGCAGCUCGCCAAACCUUAAUAUGGGAGUUGCUGGGCCACCACAAAAUAUGGCCAGUCAGCCACAACAGAACAAUCCUGGAAUGGGAAUCUUAAACAGUAUGGUCAAAAGUCCCAUGGCUCCACUGACAUCUCCAAAUUUGGGGAUGGGUACAGGUGGGCCAAAUCAAGGUCCAUCAACUCAGUCCACUGCAGGAAUGAUGCCAACAGUAAAUAGUCCAGUAAAUCAGCCCGGAAUGGGAAUGAAUGCAGGAAUAAAUGCUGGCAUGAAUCCUGGUAUGUUGUCUGCAGGAAAUGGGCAAGGAAUGAUGCAAGGACAAGUUAUGAACGGUUCAAUUGGAGCUGGAAGAGGACGUUCCAAUAUGUCAUAUCCAAACCCAGGAAUGGGAAAUGCUGGUACUCUAAUUGCAGAGACAUUACAGCAAGGUUCUCCUCAAAUGGGAGGGCAGGCAAGCCUGAGAGGUCCACAGCCUGGAGCAAUGAACAAGAUGGGAAUGAUGAACAACCCUAGUCCUUAUGUCCCGCCAUAUAGCCAAAACACUGGGCAGCCAAUUGGAGCCAGUGGACUUGGUCCCCAGAUGCAAAGUAAGCCGGUAUUACCUAACAGUUUGCCACAGUUUCCAAUGGACAAGAAACCAGUGCCUGCUCCUGUUAUGCCUAACAUGUGUCAGCAGCAGCAGACUCCUUCAGUUCAGCAGGCUAGUAUGGUAUCAACUGCUAUGGGAUCAGGAGCACCUACAGCAGACCCAGAAAAACGCAAGCUUAUACAGCAGCAACUUGUUCUCCUCUUGCAUGCUCACAAAUGUCAAAGACGGGAGCAAGCAAAUGGAGAAGUACGACAGUGUAACCUCCCUCACUGUCGAACCAUGAAGAAUGUCCUCAACCACAUGACACAUUGCCAGGCUGGAAAAUCUUGUCAAGUGGCUCAUUGUGCAUCUUCACGACAAAUCAUAUCUCACUGGAAGAAUUGUACCCGGCAUGAUUGUCCUGUGUGUCUUCCUCUUAAAAAUGCUGGGGAUAAAAGAAAUCAACAAUCAUUAUUAGGUGGUGCUGCAGUAGGAAUUGGAAAUUCUGGUUCUGUGGGAGUUGGGCAGCAGACAACACCCAACAUAAAUGCUACUAACCAGAUUGACCCCAGCUCUAUUGAAAGGGCUUAUGCAGCUCUGGGGCUGACAUAUCAAGGGAAUCAGAUGCCAACGCAGACACAGGCUCAAGUGAAAAGUCAGCAGCAAGGACAGUCACCACAGGGGCUUCGUCCCAUGAAUCCCACAAGUGCUAAUCCUAUGGGAGUGAAUGGAGGAGUUGGAGUUCAAGGCCAGAAUCUGCUACCAGAUGCAAUGUUGCAUUCAGCUGUAAAUUCUCAAAAUCCUAUGUUGAAUGAAAAUGCAAAUGUUGCUGGUCUGGGAACUAUGCCAACUGCAACACAUCCUUCUGGUAUUGGAAUUCGGAAACCAUGGCAUGAAGAUAUUACUCAGGAUCUCAGAAACCACCUUGUUCAUAAACUAGUACAAGCCAUAUUUCCAACUCCUGACCCUGCAGCACUGAAAGAUAGGCGUAUGGCGAAUCUUGUCUCCUAUGCUCGGAAAGUUGAAGGGGACAUGUAUGAAUCUGCAAAUAGCAGGGCAGAGUACUAUCACUUAUUAGCAGAAAAAAUUUAUAAAAUCCAGAAGGAAUUGGAGGAAAAGAGAAGGACCAGAUUGCAGAGGCAAAAUAUGAUACCAAAUGCCCCAGUCAUGCCACCAGCUCCUAUGAGUCAAGGACCCAUGGGGCAGCCGCAGCCUGGAAUGACAGCAAAUGGUCCUCUUCCUGACCCAAACAUGAUUCGUUCCAAUGUGCCAAACCAAAUGGUAAAUCGCAUGCAGACACCACCAGGAAUGAAUCAGUUUGGCCCAAUAACCAUGUCGAUGCCAUCAGUUGGACCCCGACAAACCCCUCCCCUUCCACACCCUGGACAGCUAAACCAGACUGGGAAUAUAAAUCAGAUUGGAUUUUCCCCACGUAUGCAACCUCAAGGGGUUGGUCAGUCUUCUGGUCAAAGUCAAUUUGUACCACAAAACCAAUUUCCUGCAUUGUCCCCUGGAAUGAAUCCAGCUAGCACACCUAUGACUCAACCUGCCAAUCAGACUCCAGCUUCUCAAGCACAAAUGACCAACUCUUCAUGUCCUGUAACAUCUCCAGCAGUGGCUCCUGGCUCUCAAGGGGUUCAUAUUCAUUGUCCCCCCAUUCCACAGUCUGCAUUGCAUCGUAACUCUCCUUCUCCAGUACCAAGUCGUACUCCUACACCUCAUCAUACGCCCCCAGGAUUGGUUUCCCAGCAGCAGCAGCAGCAGCAGCAGCAGCAGCAGCAGCAGCAGCAGCAACAGCAGCAGCAGCAGCAGCAACAACAGCAGCCAACUGCACCACAACAGGCAACUAUUGCCUCUGCCUCUGCUGCUGUUUCUCAAAUACCACCUUCUGGGCCCCAGUCACAAACUAUGCACCCCUCUCAGAGGCAGACUCCAACACCCCCACAGGCUCAGUUGACUCCUCAAGUGCAGCCUCCAGUUUCUGUUACCCCUUCUGCAGAGCAGCAGUUGCCACAGCAACCUCUUUCACAACAGAGCACAACUGCAUCUGUACCUACCCCAACAGCGACACUGCAACCUCAACACCCUACAACACCUCUUUCACAGCCAGGUGCAAAUAUUGAUGGGCAGGUAUCAAAUCCACCAUCCACCAGCAGUGCAGAUGUAAACAUUCAGCAAGCUGCCCCUGAGCAGCAGCAGCAGCAGCAGCAAACUUUACCUGAAAUUAAAAUGGAGGUUAAAAUGGAAGAGGAGGACUCUGAACACACAGAUCAUCAAAUAGAUGAGAAACCAGAGAUUAAAGUAGAACCCCUAGCGGAUGAAUGUAAAUCUGAACCAAUGCAACAGGAGGAAAAGAAACCAGAAAUGAAGCAAGAAGUAAAGGAAGAAGAGGAAAGGCCUAGUACUCCAGGUACCCAGUCUUCACCAGCUUCUGGGCAGUCAAAGAGAAAAAUUUUCAAGCCGGAAGAGUUGAGACAGGCACUUAUGCCAACUUUGGAGGCACUGUAUCGCCAGGACCCAGAGUCCCUUCCUUUCCGGCAGCCUGUGGAUCCUCAACUACUAGGAAUUCCUGACUACUUUGAUAUAGUAAAGAACCCCAUGGAUCUUUCUACUAUCAAGAGAAAGCUUGAUACAGGACAGUACCAGGAACCUUGGCAAUAUGUGGAUGAUAUUUGGCUUAUGUUCAAUAAUGCCUGGCUUUACAAUCGUAAAACAUCUAGAGUAUACAAGUACUGUUCCAAGUUGGCAGAGGUUUUUGAGCAGGAAAUUGAUCCAGUUAUGCAGAGCCUUGGCUACUGCUGUGGACGAAAGUUGGAAUUUUCACCACAAACUUUAUGUUGUUAUGGCAAACAAUUAUGCACAAUUCCACGAGAUGCUACAUAUUACAGUUAUCAAAACAGUUCACCCAAAUAUGGCCUUCUUGCCGACAGGUAUCAUUUCUGUGAGAAGUGCUUCAACGAAAUCCAAGGGGAAAGCGUUUCUUUGGGGGAUGAUCCAUCACAACCACAAACCACAAUAAAUAAAGAUCAGUUUUCAAAAAGAAAAAAUGAUACACUGGAUCCAGAACAAUUUGUUGAAUGUAUCGAAUGUGGAAGAAAGAUGCAUCAGAUUUGUGUACUUCACAAUGAAAUAAUCUGGCCAUCUGGCUUUGUUUGUGAUGGCUGCCUAAAAAAAUCAGGACGAACUCGAAGAGAGAACAAAUUUUCUGCCAGAAGAUUACCAACCACUAGACUUGGUUCCUUCUUGGAAAACAGAGUGAAUGAGUUCCUGAGACGGCAGAAUCAUCCUGAGUCGGGUGAAGUCAUUGUUAGGGUGGUUCAUACCUCAGAGAAAACUGUAGAAGUUAAACCUGGAAUGAAAGCAAGAUUUGUAGAUAGUGGAGAGAUGGCAGAACAAUUCCCUUACCGAACAAAAGCACUCUUUGCUUUUGAGGAGAUCGAUGGUGUAGAUUUAUGUUUUUUUGGCAUGCAUGUUCAGGAGUAUGGGUCUGAUUGCCCUCAACCCAACCAGAGGCGAGUAUACAUAUCUUACCUUGACAGUGUUCAUUUCUUCCGCCCUAAAUGCCUGAGGACUGCUGUCUAUCAUGAAAUUCUGAUAGGUUAUCUAGAGUAUGUUAAGAAGUUAGGCUAUACAACUGGACAUAUCUGGGCCUGCCCACCUAGUGAAGGAGAUGAUUAUAUUUUCCAUUGCCAUCCUCCUGAUCAAAAAAUUCCUAAACCAAAACGAUUGCAAGAAUGGUAUAAAAAGAUGUUGGAUAAAUCCGUGACAGAGCGCAUUGUCCAUGAUUAUAAGGAUAUUUUUAAGCAAGCAACAGAAGACCGUCUAACAAGUGCAAAAGAACUGCCCUACUUUGAAGGAGAUUUCUGGCCAAAUGUUCUAGAAGAGAGCAUUAAGGAAUUAGAGCAAGAGGAAGAAGAGAGGAAAAGGGAAGAGAACACUAGCAAUGAGAGCACUGAUGUAAGCAAAGGAGAUAGUAAAAAUGCCAAAAAGAAAAACAACAAGAAGACCAGUAAAAAUAAAAGCAGUUUAAGUCGUGGUAACAAAAAGAAGCCAGGCAUGCCCAAUGUCUCCAAUGAUCUUUCCCAGAAACUCUAUGCCACUAUGGAAAAGCACAAAGAGGUAUUCUUUGUGAUCCGUCUCAUUGCUGGUCCUCAAGCCAACUCUCUGCCUCCCAUCACUGAACCUGACCCACUUAUUCCAUGUGACUUAAUGGAUGGGCGUGAUGCCUUCCUUACCCUUGCUAGAGACAAGCAUCUUGAGUUUUCUUCACUACGAAGAGCAAUGUGGUCAACUAUGUGUAUGCUAGUAGAGCUGCAUACACAGAGCCAGGACCGUUUUGUGUACACCUGCAAUGAGUGCAAGCACCAUGUGGAGACAAGAUGGCAUUGCACUGUUUGUGAGGAUUAUGACUUGUGCAUUACCUGCUAUAACACUAAAAACCAUGAGCACAAGAUGGAGAAACUGGGCCUUGGUAUUGAUGAUGAGAGCAACAACCAACAGACAGCCACCACUCAGAGUCCUGGUGAUUCACGUCGCCUGAGUAUCCAGCGCUGCAUCCAGUCUUUAGUUCAUGCCUGCCAGUGUCGCAAUGCCAACUGUUCACUGCCAUCUUGUCAAAAGAUGAAGAGAGUUGUCCAGCACACCAAAGGUUGCAAACGCAAAACCAAUGGAGGGUGUCCAAUUUGCAAACAACUCAUUGCUCUUUGCUGCUACCAUGCUAAGCACUGCCAGGAGAACAAGUGCCCAGUGCCAUUUUGCCUAAAUAUCAAACAUAAACUUCGUCAGCAACAGCUUCAGCAUCGCCUACAACAGGCCCAGAUGCUCCGGAGGAGGAUGGCAAGCAUGCAGAGGACAGGCAUAGUAGGACAACAGCAAGGGUUGCCUUCACCUACACCAGCCACACCAACUACUCCAACAGGCCAGCAGCCACCAACUCCUCAAACACCACAGCCUCAGCCUCCACCACAGCCUGCUUCGCAACCACAAUCUGCACCUCCUAAUAACAUGCCUCCAUAUAGCAUUGCAAGAACUCAACCUCCUGGUGCUGUGUCUCAAGGCAAGGCAGGUGGCCAGGUAACUCCUCCAACAACUCCUCAGACUGUUCAGCCACCUAUCCAAGGUCCUCCUGCAGCUGCCGUGGAAAUAGCCAUGCAGAUACAACGAGUAGCAGAUCACCAGCGGCAGAUGGCCCAUGUUCCAAUCUUCCAGAGGCCUAUUCAACACCAGAUGCCUCAAAUGAAUCCAAUACAGCCUAUGAGUGUAACGCCACCUCAGAUGGCCAGAGGUCCUGGUGGGCACAUAGACCAAGGGAUGGGAUCAGCAGGAAUACAGCAGCAGCCAGCAUGGGCCCAAGGUGGGUUGCCACAACCUCAGCAACUGCAGCCAGGAAUGCAAAGACCGACUAUGAUGUCAAUGGCCCAAUCUGGACAGCCAAUGAAUAUGUCACCGCAACCAGGAAUGGGUCAGGUACCUGGUACAGCUCCAUCAAAACCAGGCUCUCUGCCUCAGGCAGCCUUACAAAACCUGCUGCGGACUCUCAGGUCUCCCAGCUCUCCCAUGCAGCAGCAGCAGGUGCUUAACAUCUUGCAUUCAAACCCUCAGUUGUUAGCUGCUUUCAUUAAGCAGCGAGCUGCCAAGUAUGCGGGUAACCCAAAUCCGCAAGGCAUGCCGGGACAGCCUGGAAUGCCUCAGGGCCAGCCAGGUCUUCAGCAGCAGCAACAGCAACAGCAGCAAGUCAUGCAAGGACAACAAGGUGUUCACUCAAAUCCAGCCAUGCAGAACAUGAAUCCAAUGCAAGCAGGUGUUCAGAGGCCUAGCAUGCCUCAGCAGUCACCGCCUCAGCAGCCUCCACCCCAACAAGCCAUGGGUGGGAUGAAUCCUCAGGCACAGCCAAUGAACAUGAAUCAUUCGGGGAUAUCUCCCCAGUUCCGGGAUCUCCUGCUAAGACGACAGAUGAUUGAACAACAGCGGCAGCAGCAGCAGCAGCAACAGCAGCAGCAACAACAAGGAACAGGACCUAAUUUAGGUCCUGGCAUGGCCAAUCAUAACCAGUUCCAACAGCCUCAAGGAGUUGGGUAUCAGCAGCAGCAGCAACAGCAGCAGCGAAUGCAGCAUCAUAUGCAGCAGUUGCAGCAAGGAAAUAUGGGACAGAUGGGCCAGCUUCCUCAGGCCAUGAGUGCAGACACAGGAUCAAAUUUGCAGCAGGCUUACCAACAGCGAUUACUCCAACAGCAAAUUGGAUCCCCAGCGCAGCCGAAUCCUAUGAGCCCUCAGCAACACAUGCUUCCUAAUCAGGCCCAGUCCCCACACUUACAAGGUCAACAAAUUCCAUCAUCGCUUACCAAUCAAGUUCGUUCUCCACAGCCUGUCCCUUCACCACGCCCCCAAUCCCAGCCACCCCACUCCAGCCCUUCCCCUAGGAUGCAGCCUCAACCUUCUCCACAUCACGUCUCCCCACAGACCAGCUCCCCACAUCCAGGACUGGUAGCUGCCCAGGCUAACCCCAUGGAUCAAGGGCACUUUGCCAGCUCGGACCAGAGUGCAAUGCUUUCUCAGCUUGCUAGUAAUCCAGGCAUGGCAGGGCUCCAUGGUGCAGGUGCCACAGAACUGGGACUCAGCUCAGAUAAUUCAGACUUAAAUUCAAAUCUUUCACAGAGUACACUAGACAUACGCUAAGAUUCAUUGUAGCAUUUUGGGAGCAAAAAAAAAAAAAAACUUAUUUUCGCAAGACGUUUUGUACUGAAGACAAUUUUUUGAAUCUUUCUUAGCAGAACAUUUUCCCUGGAAUACACCUGAAAUCUGCAACAAUAGUUUGUGGUUUUAAAAACAAACAAAAAAACCCCCCCUCCAACUGAAAUGGGGGACAAUGGAAUACAAAGAAAAUAUAUUUUUGUUAUGGCUGGGACUGUAACCAGUCCUUUUUUUUUUUGUUUUUGUUUUCCCUUCGCGUGCGUUGGGGAGGUGCUUGGGAGCGGAUAGUUGUUUGGCUGCUGACCAAAUGACUUCCUUCACUAGCCUCCAAUAGGUUUUAUUUUUUUUAAAUUAAUGAAAAUAUGUAAUAUUGAUAGUUAUAAUUUACUGAGGCAAAUGGUUAACUUUUCCCUAUUCUGGUUUUCCUCUUGUCUACUGCAAAAACAACAACAAAAACAAAACAAAAAAAAAGAACAUUACCUAAACUGGAGGACAAAAAGGUGAAUGUUGCUUUAAAAUUACAGUGCAUAUAUAUAUAUAAAUAUAUAUAUAAAUAUAUAUUAAAGAUAAAUACCAAUUUUCUUCCUCGGUUGGAAAGAUGUCAAAUCUUUUAAAAACUGUAAAAAAAUAUUAAGAAAUCCAGUCUCCCCUCCGAAGUCUACUUUUGUCCUCCAAGAAUUUUCUAUACCAGAGUCUGAGCUUAAACUUCAAGUAUUAAAAUUUGUACAUGUAGAAAAGAAAACUUUUUUGCAAAUAUAUGGGGGCAGCUGCCAAAUGGAUGUAGUAUAUAUAUUGUGGUUUGUUUUCCUGAAAGAUUUUUUGUUAUUUUUACAUCUAACAAAGGAAAAAACUAAAGAGGGUAAGAAACUAUUCCAAGGGUAAAAUUUUAACCUGAGUGAAAAUCCCUGGGGUUUCUUCUUUAUGCUUGCUUUCUCUUUCCCUUCCUUCCCUUUUUCUCCUCUUCCAUUUUCUGUAAAACUUGAAAAUAGAAAGCAAAAAACCCUCAAAUGUUGUAAAUCAUGCAAUUAAAGUUGAUUACUUAUAAAUAUGAACUUUCGAUCACUGUAUAGACUGUUAAUUGAUUUCUUAUUACCUAUUGUUAAAUAAACUGUGUGAGACAGA